AUGUCGUCGAGAUCGACCACAAACGAGACAAAUUGUUCUAAGAGCAGCUCUGUUAGAUCAAGGCGUGGUGCCCAUGUUGUCUCUCAGACGCCGAUUGAUGCCAAGCUUCAUGUAGACUUUGAAGAGUCUAAACAACAGUUUGAUUACUCAACAUCUGUCAAUGCAUCAACUUCCACUAGCAAUGUUCCUUCUUCGACUGUGUCAGCUUAUCUGCAGAAGAUGCAAAGAGGGAGCCUUAUCCAGCCAUUUGGUUGCUUGAUUGUGAUCCAUGAAAAAAAUUUGAGCAUUCUUGCAUACAGUGAGAAUGCACCUGAAAUGUUAGACUUAGCACCGCAUGCAGUUCCAAGCAUGGAACAACAAGAAGCUUUGAGUUUUGGAAUUGAUGUUCGAACACUUUUCCAACCUUCAAGUGCUGCUGCACUGCAAAAAGCAAUCAAUUUUGAGGAAGUUAAUUUAGUUAAUCCAAUUUUGGUCCACUGUAGAAACUCUGGUAAACCCUUCUAUGCUAUUUUACAUCGAAUUGAUGUUGGAUUAGUUAUAGAUCUGGAACCGGUGAAUCCAGAUGAAGUGCCAGUGACAGCUGCUGGAGCUUUAAAAUCAUACAAGCUUGCAGCCAAAGCUAUUUCAAGAAUACAAUCUCUGCCAAGUGGAAAUGUAUCACUGUUGUGUGACGUGUUGGUUAGAGAAGUGAAGGAUUUAACAGGUUAUGAUAGGGUAAUGAUUUAUAAAUUUCACGAGGACGAGCAUGGGGAAGUUGUUGCUGAGUGCCACAGGCCUGGCUUGGAACCUUAUCUUGGAUUUCAUUACCCUGCAACUGAUAUACCGCAAGCAUCGAGAUUUCUUUUCAUGAAAAAUAAGGUUAGGAUGAUAUGUGAUUGUCGGGCCCAGUCUGUUAAAGUAAUUCAGGACAAGGGAUUGGCUCAACCACCGAGUCUUUCUGGAUCCACUUUAAGAUCUCCUCAUGGAUGUCAUGCACAAUAUAUGGCAAAUAUGGGUUCGAUUGCAUCUCUUGUGAUGUCCGUGAUGAUCAAUGAGGAGGUUGAUGAGAUUGAUGACAAUCAGCGAAAGGGAAGAAAGUUGUGGGGCUUGAUUGUCUGCCACCAUACGAGCCCCAGGUUUGUUCCUUUUCCUUUGAGGUAUGCGUGCGAGUUCUUGGUUCAAGUUUUUGGGGUUCAAAUCAAUAAGGAAGUGGAGUUGGAAGCUCAACUGAAGGAGAAGCAUAUUUUGCAAACGCAAACUGUGCUUUGUGAUAUGCUGCUAAGAGAUGCCCCAAUGGGCAUUGUUACUCAGUCACCUAAUGUUAUGGACCUUGUGAGGUGUGAUGGUGCUGUACUUUUCUACCAUGAUAAAUGCUGGUUGCUUGGGGUCACUCCUUCAGAGGCACAAAUCAGAGACAUUGCUGUCUGGCUUCUAGAGUACCAUGGCAGUAGUACUGGAUUAAGUACUGACAGCCUCAUGGAAGCUGGCUACCCCGGUGCUUCCAUUCUUGGCGAUGCUGUAUGUGGAAUGGCUGCUGUUAGAAUUAGUUCUAGAGAUUUCCUCUUUUGGUUCCGUACGCAUACAGCUAAGGAAAUUAAAUGGGGAGGUGCAAAACAUGAUCCAAACGAAAAAGAUGAUGGAAGAAAAAUGCACCCUAGAUCAUCAUUCAAGGCUUUCCUCGAGGUGGUUAAGAGACGGAGCCUACCAUGGGAAGACGUGGAAAUGGAUGCAAUUCAUUCCUUGCAGCUUAUAUUAAGAGGGUCAUUGCAAGAUGAGAAUGAUGCCCAAAUGAUUGUCAGUGUUCCAGCAGUUGAUACCAGCAUACAGAGGGUGGAUGAACUGCGUAUAGUGACUAAUGAAAUGGUUCGCUUAAUUGAAACGGCAUCAAUACCUAUUUUGGCUGUUGAUACCUCUGGCCAUAUCAAUGGAUGGAAUACCAGAGUGGCUGAACUUACAGGGUUGAGUUUACAAAAAGCUCUUGGUAGGCCUUUUAUUGAUCUGCUGGUCGACGAAGCAGUUGAUGUAGUGAAGAAUGUGCUCUCCCUGGCUUUGCAAGGCAAAGAAGAGAAAAAUGUUGAAAUCAAACUCAAAACUUUUGGGCCUCAGGAAGAGAAUGGUCCUGUCAUCUUGGUUGCUAACGCGUGUUGUAGUAGAGAUGUGAAGGAAAAUAUUGUAGGAGUUUGCUUUGUCGGCCAAGAUGUUACUGGGCAAAGGAUGAUAUUGGACAAAUACAAUCAAAUCCUAGGUGAUUAUGUAGGAAUUGUUCGGAGUCCAUGUGCACUAAUUCCUCCCAUUUUUAUGAUGGAUGAGCAUGGACGUUGUGUGGAGUGGAACGAUGCGAUACAAAAAUUGUCUGGUCUAAAGAGGGAACAAGCCAUAGACCAAAUGCUUCUUGGUGAGGUCUUUACGGUUCAUAAUUUCGGCUGCCGGGUCAAAGAUCAGGACACAUUAACAAAGCUCAGAAUAUUACUCAAUGCUGUAAUUGCAGGCCAGGAUGUUAAUAAGUUGGUAUUUGGCUUCUUUGAUCAGCAAGGAAAAUAUGUAGAAGCAUUAAUUUCUGCAAACAAAAGGACCGAUACGGAGGGCAGGAUCACUGGGAUUUUGUGCUUUUUGCAUGUUGCUAGUCCUGAACUUCAAUAUGCCCUGCAAGUGCAAAGGAUAUCUGAACAGGCUACAGCAAAUACCCAAACAAAGUUGGCUUAUAUCCGAGGUGAAAUUAGAAACCCUUUAAAUGGAAUAAAGUGUUUGCAGAAUUUAAUGAAAUCUUCAGACUUGAGUAAAGACCAAAGAAAGCUGUUGAAGAUAAGUGCAUUAUGUCGGGAACAAUUAGCCAAGAUCAUUGAUGAUGCUGAUAUUGAGAGUAUUGAGGGGAGCUAUACCGAAAUGAAGUCUGAUGAAUUUAAUCUGGGGGAAGCUUUAGAAGUGGUCAAGAAUGAAGUUAUGAUCCUGACCCGGGAGCGGCAGGUGCAAGUUAGAUAUGAUUUACCUGCUGAAGUAUCAUUCAUGUAUUUAUAUGGUGACAUCUUGAGGCUUCAGCAAGUCCUGUCAGACUUUUUGGCAACUGCUAUCUUUUUCUCUCCUCCUGAAGGAUCAUCAAUUGAAUUUAGGCUGAUUCCAAGAAAGGAGUGUAUCGGGACACUGACACAUGUUCUUCAUAUUGAAUUUCGGAUAACUCAUCCGGCCCCGGGGAUCCCUGAAGAGUUGAUACAAGAAAUGUUUUACUAUAACAAUGGUGUUUCGAGAGAAGGUCUUGGCCUGUACAUCACCCAGAAACUAGUGAAGAUCAUGAAUGGGACUGUUCAAUAUCUUAGAGAGGCUGAGAAAUCAUCUUUCAUUGUUCUAGUAGAAUUUCCAUUUGCUCGCCGACCACCUGCAGAUGAAAGUGGUCUAAAAUUAAAACAGGCAAAACUAGCUUGA